AUGUAUAUAAACUCUGAGAAUUUAUUACCAAAAUUAUAAGGAAAAGCAUUUGGUAUUGACAUUGAAUUUAGUAAUGAUCGAAUCUGUCUUAUAUAAAUAUCUGAUGGAGAUUAAAUAUAUUUGUUCGAUCCUAUAGCUUUGAAUUUAGAGUAAUACAUGAAAGAUUUUUUUAAAAAUGAUGCCAUCAAAAUAUUUUAUAGUGGUGCUCAAGACUUAAAAUGGUUGAAAAAUGAAUAUUAAAUAGUAGUUAAUAAUUAUUGUGAUUUAAAAGUGUUAGCAUAAAAAGAGCCAGAUUAAAGUUUAAUUGCAUUAUGGAAGAAAUAUUGUGGAGUAUAAUUUGAAAGAGAGGAUAAAAAAAGAUUAUAAAGAAGUGAUUGGUUUGCAAGACCAUUAACUUAAGAAUAAUUAUAUUAUGCUGCUCUUGAUUGUAAGUAUUUAGUAGCUUUAAGAGAAAUUUUAUUAUAAUAAUAUACAGAAGAUGAAUAAAAUUGUAUUCAUUUCUCCACUGAACUUAAAGAACCUAAAUUAUUAAGAUAUUUAAAAAAGCAAUUAGUUGAUAAUUAAGAUGUUCUUUUGCCAUAAAAGAUUUAUAGACAUAUCAAAUUUCAAGAUCCUUUUUAAACAGAUGAUUAAAAAGUUAUAGGACUUAUUGAAUAAUUGACUAAAAAACAUCAUGAAGAUUAUAAAGAAUAGAAAAGACAAAGAUUUUUAUAAUUUUAAGAAAAAUUCACUACUCAUAAACCAGUCUAUAGUAAUUGUCGUAUUUUUAGUUUGAGUGGAUAAUAAUUAUGUUUUUGUGAUUAAAAGAAAAUAUAAUGGUAUGUAAAGAAUGGAUUAGGAGAAUAUUUAGAUGAAAAAAGUAUUAAAUUAAAUUUUGAUCCUGUAUGUGAAUUUGAUGAAAAAGAAAUGAAAUUUUAUAAUGAAGAAAGGUCUAAUCGAUGUGUUAUUUGUGGUGCUUCUUCUAAUAUAUUGAAAUACUAGAUUAUUCCAUAUAUGUACAAGCAUUACUUGCCCAAUCAUUAUAAAUCUCAUAGAGCUCAUGAUGUUGUAAUUUUAUGUGCUCGUUGUCAUGAAAAGGCUUCAGCUUUAUAAGAUAAGAAAAGAGCAGAAGUUGCUAAAUUAUAUGGUGUUCCUUUAUAAUAUUAUGGAGAAGAAAAGUUAGUAGUUGAUAAAUUGACUUAUAUUCUAAAAAAAUAUGAAAGCCUUACAAAAGCAGGUAAACCUUUUGAUAUGGGUUAAUAUGAAGAAAUCAGAAAUUAAUUUAAAGAUCUAAUUUAAUUACCUAUUGAAUUUAAUUAAUAAGAGUUAAAUAAAAUUAAUGAUAAAUUGAAAAAAGAAUUAAAAAAUUCACAUGGUGAAGCUGUUGUUAAAUAAUUAGAUACUGAUGAGAAAAUUGAAGAAUUUAUAAUGAUUUUUAGAAAACAUUUCUUAUCUUCUAUGGAUCCUUAAUUUUUACCAAAAGAAUGGGCUAUUGAUCAUAGAUUUAAAAGAAAUUUUGGUGAAAAAUCAGUUUAUUAUUAGAAAUUAGAAUAAAAUGAAUAAAAAUAAGAUUCACAAUCAAUAGAUUAAUAAUUCUAAAAAUAAUGA